GGGGAAGUUCUAGAUAUACAUACGCUAAAAUAGUAAAGGAGACAAAACUAUCAAACUUUCCUGAAGUUUUUCUUUCAGUUCCCGACUAUCUGUUUUGAAACGACGACUUCUGUUGUUGCUGACAAUGUCUUCGCAGUUUAACAGAGGCCCAGCAUACGGGUUUUCAGCGGAAGUGAAGAGCAAGAUUGCACAGAAGUAUGACCCCCAGAGAGAAGAAGAAUUACGAGUUUGGAUUGAGGGCAUCACUGGGCGGACAAUUGGAGAUGACUUUCAGAAAGGGUUAAAAAAUGGUGUAAUACUCUGCGAGCUCAUAAACAAACUUCAGCCAGGGUCUGUGAAGAAGAUCAACCAAUCAUCCCAAAACUGGCAUCAGCUGGAGAACCUGACCAACUUCAUUAAAGCGAUCACCACCUAUGGACUCAAACCUCACGAUAUUUUUGAGGCCAAUGAUCUUUUUGAGAGUGGAAAUAUGACACAGGUUCAGACCACACUUCUGGCUCUUGCUGGCAUGGCUAAAACCAAGGGCAUCCACUCAAAUGUAGACAUUGGAGUCAAGUAUGCAGAGAGACAGGAGAGGGCGUUCGAUGAAGAGAAAAUGAAAGCCGGGCAAUGUGUCAUUGGACUACAGAUGGGAACAAAUAAAUGUGCAAGUCAAGCUGGAAUGAAUGCCUACGGUACCAGAAGACACCUGUAUGAUCCCAAGGCACACAUCCUACCACCAAUGGACCAUUCAACCAUCAGUCUUCAGAUGGGCACUAACAAGGGUGCUAGCCAAGCUGGUAUGACCGCUCCAGGAACCCGCCGUGCCAUCUACGACCAGAAAAUUGGCACAGACAAGUGUGACAACUCCACAAUGUCUCUACAAAUGGGCUACACUCAAGGCGCCAACCAGAGUGGGCAAAAUUUCGGGCUUGGCCGUCAGAUCUACGAUGCCAAAUACUGCCCCAAAAGUGCACCCAAUGCAAGUGGAGAAGGAGCUGAUGCUGUUGGCUACGUAGAUUACCAAGACGAGGGCUACCAGGGUUAUCAGGAUGACGGUCAAGAUUACUGAAUUGACCAAUUGCAGGCUAUGAGUCUGAAUAAGAAGCUAAAGGGAAGUUGAUACUUCCUUGCGAACAAAAGACCCAAAACAUGCCAUUACACCACAGUGAGUGUGCCAACUGUCGCAAAGUGAUGAAAGUGACCAAUAUGAAACAUAUCACUUAUUUUUUAACUAUAUCAAUGUUCUUUUUAUAAAUAGUAUGUUUUGUUCAUUACAAAACAUAUCAGUUAAGUGUUAAGUGUAUUGAUACUACUUGUAUUUUAUAUGGUUCAUUUGAAAGUCAUUUAAUUGCACAAUUACUAUAAUAAUAUUUAGUAUUUGCUUAAUUGUUAGUUUAGUUUAAUGUACGUUUUAUUUUUUAUUUGUUCAAAAUGCUGAUCUUAAACGCAAGUGUGACGGGGGUUAUUGUAAAGUUACAUUCACAUAAUCCCAAAUAAUGAAUUGUAUUUUUUUUUUUUUUCUGUUCUAAUCAAGCUUUUGUGAAGAUAUUUGAUAUUAAGUAUGGACGAGAAAGAGCGUUACGUGAGCCUGAUUCAUUUGAGUAUAGAACAUGCUCAGGGGUUUAAAAUCACUCUGCAAAAUGUUUUUUUUUUUCUUGUCAGUUGAGCAUGUGAAGGUAAUUUUUUUGCUGUUACAGUUAAUAGAGCGAAAGUUUGGUGAGGGUUUAGAAAUGGGAACCUUUACUGGAGUUAUGUGGUCCAUUGUGUUAAUUUAAGAGCUUAUUUUCCCAGUAAUAUUUUAUUGUGUAUUUAGGCUGGAAAUUGAGAGCACAUGCCUGAUGUGCACAAAAAGGAAGGGGUAAUCUAUCAUUUCAGCAGCAUUUGAGUCAUUUCUGCUUUUGACAUUCUAAAUAUUAUACUUCCUCAGUUGAUGUGAGGAGAUGAAUGUGGUUUUUAUAAUACACUUUACUGUCCGACAUACAAUCUCUAAUGUUUUAAAGAGUUCAUCUUUGUAUUAAUGCUUUUUCUCAUCAAAUAUUUUACUGUUUGCAGAGCCAGAACAACUGGAGCAUGUCUUGUUUUCUUUGGAUUAUAGUGUUGUUAAAGGAAAUUGAAGUAUAACAUUGUGAGCCUUGAACAUUCCAAAUUAGGAACUGGAUUCACUGCUUUUAUUUCACAGUAUUUGUUCUCAUUCCAAAAAACAUUUUGUACUAGACAUUGGAACAUUUAGAUCUGCUUAGAUCUUCUUUUUUUAACCUUUCUCAUGGAAUAAGAUGGUUGGAAAUAGUAAAUACUGGGUUUUUAAUAAAAGAUGAUGAACAAGA